AUGGAAUCAUCUCAAUUGAACGAAACUUAUUCGACUAAAGUUAUACAAAUUCCUGAUCUACAAGGUCGAAAAGCGACUGUAUUCACUAGCAAUCUAGUACAAGCGGUUUAUUUCUACAAACGCUACCAGGAAGGCAACACAUUCGAGUUAACAACGUCAUCAGACAUUUUUAUUAAAAUUCCUGGCCUUUCAUUGGCUGUUUCUCAUACUCAACCGAUGGUUUAUGAACUUCAUUUUCAAGGUGUCUGUGAACUACUCCGUGUAUACCAUUGGGCUUACAUUCAUUUUCUAAUAGAUGGAAAAGUUCUCAUUUCGAAUUAUCUAUUGCCAAACAAUGAAAACAGAGGAGCAGCUCAUCCUGAUCUCGGCUCAAAUGCUCAAGAAAUUGAUUAUCGAGGUGGUGCCGCUCUUUAUACUGGUUAUAACCAACAUAUAGGAGUCCAAUGUCAAAUAAGUGAUGUAAUUAAGUUAGAUGGUGGAGUUCAUACUAUUGAUGUUGGUGCACGCCUCGCUGGGGAACGUUUCCAAAUGCAUGGGGGUGAACUAUCAGUCAAAAUGACCCUCUACAAUUCAGAUACAAACUUUAACUUGCCAUAUCCAACUAUUCCCAAAUAA